ACUUUCUAAAACCCUAUUUUAUUCCGCAGAUCUACAUCAACCUUUGUUCUUGAUUUGUGUACGUGCAGGGCGUAUCUGGCGGAUAAAUUUGAGACAUCUUGCAGAUAAGAUUGAUCUCAGUAAAUAAGAAGACCAUUCAAUUCUUCACCACCUAGCCGAGCAAUGGAUUUCUUGCAAGUGAAGGAGAUCCAGGUCGGCCUUGCUGUUGCUGUUGUAGUUGUUGCUGCCACUGCAGCCUACUUUUAUUCUUCGAAGAAAACCAAAGGGUGCAUCGAUCCUGAAAGUUUUAAGCAAUUCAAGCUUGUGAAACGCACGCAGCUUAGCCAUAAUGUGGCCAAGUUCAGAUUUGAGCUUCCUACACCUACUUCAGUGUUGGGACUUCCUAUUGGGCAGCACAUAAGUUGCAGGGGUAAAGAUAGCCAAGGAGAAGAGGUUAUUAAGCCGUACACCCCAACCACCCUGGACACUGAUGUGGGAUACUUUGAGUUAGUUAUUAAGAUGUACCCACAAGGUCGGAUGUCCCACCACUUCCGAGAGAUGCGUGAAGGUGACUAUAUGGCUGUAAAGGGACCUAAGGGGCGCUUCAAGUAUCAACCUGGCCAAGUGAGAGCGUUUGGAAUGAUUGCUGGGGGAUCUGGAAUCACGCCAAUGUUUCAGGUUGCUAGAGCUAUACUAGAAAACCCAAAGGAUAAGACCCAGGUGCAUCUUGUCUACGCUAAUGUCACAUAUGAUGACAUCCUUCUUAAGGAAGAGCUGGAUGGACUUAUAAGUAAUUACCCUGGCCGUUUCCAUGUGUACUAUGUACUGAAUCAGCCACCAGAGGAAUGGACUGGUGGUGUCGGUUUCGUAUCAAAAGAAAUGAUCCAAGCCCAUUGUCCCGCACCUGCAUCCGAUAUCAAGAUUCUAAGGUGCGGUCCACCUCCGAUGAAUAAGGCCAUGGCUGGUCAUCUAGACGCGUUGGGAUAUUCUUCAGAGAUGCAAUUUCAAUUCUAACCCUUCCGAGAGGGCCUCCACAUAUCUGAUUUAUCGGCAUUUUCUUUAGUUCAUGCAGGAAAAAAAAAAAAACACAACCAUUUGACACCCCACUUUGUGCUUCGAGUCUACGACUUAAUGUUCAGUGUACUCUACUCGAAUAAAGUUUUCCGAUUGUUGAGUUGACCGUAAGAACACAUAACGUACGUUUUUUUCGUGUCUUAACUGCUCUUUCGCAGCUCUCGUGGUCGUAGAGUCCAUAUUUAACUUGAGCUUUUUGUAUAAGCACUCAAAUGUUGUUUUUAAGGACAAAGUUGCACAAAUAUAGGGGAAGACUCGUAUGAUCGAUUACAAA